AUGAGACUGUUGCCAGUCUGGACGGCUGCCUUGCUAGCAGCCCAGGCUGCUGGUGUUGCUCUUACCCACAAGCUCAAUGGCUUCACGAUCACUGAGCAUCCGGACGCUGAGAAACGCGAAUUGUUGCAGAAAUACGUUCGUAUCAUUCUUCUUGUAACCUGGGAUGACAAGUCCCUCUUCAUCAACGGAGAGAGAAUCAUGAUCUUUGGCGCUGAGAUCCAUCCGUGGAGACUCCCAGUACCUUCGUUAUGGAGAGACAUCCUCCAGAAAGUCAAAGCGCUCGGGUUCAACUGCGUUUCGUUCUACGUCGACUGGGCUCUCCUCGAAGGAAAGCCAGGAGAGUACAGAGCUGAAGGGAGCUUUGCUUGGGAACCGUUUUUCGACGCCGCGUCCGAUUUGGGUAUCUAUCUGAUUGCUCGUCCCGGUCCUUAUAUCAAUGCAGAGGCAUCUGGGGGCGGAUUCCCGGGAUGGCUGCAGAGACUUAAUGGCACAAUCCGUUCAUCGGAUCAAAGUUACUUGGAUGCUACGGAGAACUAUGUAUCGCACAUUGGCGGUCUCAUUGCCAAGUACCAGAUCACUAAUGGCGGACCUGUGAUUCUCUACCAGCCUGAUAACGAGUAUAGCGGGGGCUGCUGUGGGCAGGAAUUUCCCAAUCCGGAUUACUUCCAGUAUGUGAUCGACCAGGCCCGCAGGGCGGGGAUCGUGGUGCCUACGAUCAGCAACGAUGCUUGGCCUGGUGGGCAUAAUGCUCCUGGGACUGGGAAGGGCGAGGUAGAUAUUUACGGCCAUGAUAACUAUCCUCCCUCAACGCCGUAUGCGCUCGUUGAGUAUCAAGUCGGGGCAUUCGACCCAUGGGGAGGACCCGGGUUCGAACAAUGCGCCGCUCUUACGGGCUACGAGUUUGAAAGAGUAUUCCACAAGAACACUUUCAGUUUUGGUGUGGGGAUCCUGUCGCUGUAUAUGACAUUCGGCGGAACCAACUGGGGCAAUCUCGGCCACCCAGGCGGCUAUACCUCGUACGACUACGGCUCGCCCAUUAAGGAAACACGAGAAAUCACGAGAGAAAAGUACAGCGAGCUUAAGCUGCUUGGAAACUUCAUCAAGUCCUCCCCGGGAUACCUCCUGGCGACCCCAGGCAAAUUAACGAACACGACUUACACCAAUACAGCCGACCUAACUGUGACUCCAUUGCUCGGGAACGGCACCGGCUCUUUCUUCGUACUCCGCCACAGCGACUAUAGCAGUCAAGCGUCUACCCCGUACAAACUGCGGCUCCCGACCAGUGCGGGACAGCUGACGAUCCCGCAGCUCGGAGGCUCUCUGGUGCUCAACGGACGUGAUUCAAAGGUUCACCUUGUUGAUUACGACGUCGCUGGUACGAAAAUUCUGUACUCAACCGCCGAAGUAUUCACAUGGAAGAAGUUCCACGACGGCAAAGUUCUUGUGUUGUAUGGAGGACCUGGGGAACACCACGAACUUGCGGUCUCCUCUAAGGCAAAAGUGAAGGUCGUCGAAGGAUUGGGUUCGGGCAUUUCUUCUAAGCAAAUCCGCGGUGCGGUCGUAGUUGCUUGGGACGUUGAGCCUGCUCGGCGCAUUGUUCAGAUCGGAGACUUGAAGAUAUUCCUUCUCGACCGAAACUCGGCAUACAAUUAUUGGGUGCCGCAGCUCGGUACAGAGACCAGCAUCCCUUAUGCCACCGAGAAGGCGGUUGCUGCAUCUGUUAUCGUUAAAGCCGGUUACCUCGUCCGCACUGCUUAUGUCAAAGGCCGUGAUCUUCACCUUACAGCCGACUUCAAUGCCACCACACCGGUCGAGGUAAUCGGGGCACCAAAGACUGCAGAGAAUCUCUUCAUCAACGGCAAGAAAGCCCAUCACACAGUUGACAAGAACGGGAUCUGGAGCACAGAAGUUGGUUACUCGCCUCCAAAGAUCGUUCUCCCCGUGCUAGAGGACCUGAAGUGGAAAUCUAUCGACACCCUUCCGGAGAUACAACCCUCGUAUGACGACUCUCCCUGGCCCGACGCCAAUCUUCCUACCAAGAACACAAUCUACCCUCUCAGAACUCCAACUUCCCUUUAUGCCAGCGACUACGGCUUCCACACAGGAUACCUUCUCUUCCGAGGCCACUUCACCGCAAAUGGCCGGGAAAGCAACUUCUCCAUCCAGACCCAAGGCGGACAAGCCUUUGGCUCGUCCGUCUGGCUAAGCGGUACUUACCUAGGAUCCUGGACCGGUGAUAAUGACUACCAAGAUUACAAUGCAACCUAUACCCUUCCCUCUCUUAAAGCAGGAAAAGAAUACGUGUUUACUGUGGUGGUUGACAACAUGGGCUUGAAUGAGAACUGGAUCGUUGGUCAAGACGAGAUGAAAAAGCCCCGCGGGAUACUUAACUACGAACUCAGCGGCCACGAAGCCAGCGACAUAACCUGGAAACUAACCGGCAACUUUGGCGGCGAGGACUACGUCGAUAAAGUACGCGGUCCGCUGAACGAGGGCGGGCUGUACGCCGAGCGCCACGGAUACCACCAGCCCUACCCGCCGACAAAAUCCAAGGAUUGGAAAUCAUCCACUCCCCUCACCGGCCUCUCGAAGCCCGGAAUAAGCUUUUACACAGCGUCAUUCGACCUAGAUAUCAAGUCUGGUUGGGACGUUCCCAUAUAUUUCGAGUUCGGAAACAGCACAACCCCUGCCCCAGCGUACAGAGUGCAGUUAUAUGUGAACGGGUGGCAGUACGGCAAGUACGUGAAUAAUAUCGGACCGCAGACGAGAUUCCCCGUUCCUGAAGGGAUAUUGAAUUAUAAAGGAACGAACUGGGUUGCUGUGACGCUUUGGGCGUUGGAGGGUAGCGGUGCGAAAUUGGAUAGCUUUAAGUUGGUGCAUGGAAUACCGGUUCGGACAGCUUUGGAUGUUGAGGGUGUUGAGCUCCCACGUUAUCAGUCUAGGAAGGGUGUCUAUUAG